UUAUAAAGAAGAAAGACAGAAGUCAAUCAGAUUUUUACAUGUUACCAUUAAUUUGUUUCGGAAGAUAUUUUUGAUAUGAUUUGUUUUGUUUAAAUGGUGUAUAAAUAAAAUAAAAUGGCGAGACCAGAACCUGGACGCGUAUUCAAAUUGGUUGCGAGAACACAGGCAGAAGAAGAUGCCUACGAUAUUAGAGCGAACAGACAACUGCCUAAACCAUCGGGGUUGACUGGAUCCAUAGCCCAUUUAGUGAAGGGUGCAUUGGGUGGUGGUAUCCUAAGUGGGCAUGUGGCCUGGAUGACUGCAGGACUUUGGGUGGCCGUGCCAGUCUCCCUAGCCUGCGGAUUAUAUAUGUUCUAUUGCCUCUUUAUAUUAGUGAAGUCGGCACAGAUAUUGUAUAAAAGGACUAGAGUUCCGGUAAUGACAUACCCGGACGUCGGAGAAGCUGCUUGUGCGUGUCAUUCAAAUCCAUCGAUCACCAAAUUGGCCAAGACGUUUAGGUAUAUGAUAGACGCUAUGAUAUGCAUUGAUUUAUUUGGUUCUUGUGCCACUUAUCAGAUUAUUAUAGCAAAAUCUUUAAAACAAUUGGUAGAAAAUACGCAAACAACAUCAAUGGAAGGCAUAAAUGGAAUGCCUGGUUUGCGAUUCUACUUGGCCUGUAUAGUGCCAUUUGUGAUACUUAUUUGCUUAAUCAGACAUCUGAAGUGGCUUGCGCCUCUAUCAAUUGUAGCUAACAUGGUUGUAUUGUUUUGUAUUAUAGUAGCAGUAUACUAUGCUUUCGAAAAUAACCCAACAUUAACGGGAAUGGUUCCUUAUACGUCGUUUUAUAACUUUUUUGAAUUCAUUGGUAUGGCUGUGUUCAGUAUGUCCUGUGCCGCUGUUAUUAUUCCUAUCGAGAAUAAUAUGAAGGAUCCGGAUAAAUACCACAUCGCUUUAUCUGUUGGCAUGUCACUUAUUAUUAGUUGCGUGUUUUGUGUUUCUUUCUUUGGAUAUGCCGGCUACUUGGACAAGUGUGAAUCACCGAUCACAGUCAACUUCCCGCUGAACACGCUAGGAAAGGCAUUAAAAGGUUGUAUCAUGGUUAUGAUAUAUGUCACACAUGCUCUCAACUAUUGGGUACCAUUUGCGACAGUCUUCUAUUACAUGAAAAGGAAAUUGGAUCCAAAUAAGCAUGUCAUGUGGGAGCUUAUUUUUAGAGCCAUUUUCGUUGCUAUAAUUGGCUUAGUAGCGAUUAUAUUUCCUACUAUUACUGCCUUAAUGGGUUUUCUCGGCGCAUUCUGUUUGUCAAAUCUUGCAUUUAUUUAUCCCAAUGUCAUUUACCUACUUGUACACUGGGAGCGACCGGGUCUUGGACCGUUCAGAUGGAGAUUAUGGUUAUCCCUUUUAAUGAUUGUAGUUGGAAUCUUCUUCUGUAUAUGUGGAAGCUUCGUCAGCGCAGUCCAGCUAAUAACAAUCGCCAUUAACCCUGGCAAAAGGUCUGAUAUCUGAUUGCAGACAAUUUUAGCUUAGACAUAAAAUUUUGCGUAAGAUACGAAAAGCGUCAAAAACUUUUGAUGUUUGGUAAUAUUUUAAAUGAUCGAAUUGUAUGACGACCGGUUUCUUACUUUAUUUAUGUUAUUAGACAUAAAUAUACUAUGAUAUAGAGCAACAUGAGUAUCAGAGAUAAUUAAAUUUUGAGUGUAAUACAAAUAUUUAUGUUCAAUUGCGUUUUCUUGAUGAUUGUUGUUGUAA